UUAUGAACAAUAUCGAUUAAUUCUUCAUUUCUCAUAUAUAAAAGUUUGUUCCAUCUUGGAGCCAUCUUUAAAGUGAUGAUUUGAGAAUUACAAAGACUAUAGGAAUAACAAAUAAGACAUAUAUUAUUGAAGCAGAUGCCACUCCAAACAAAAUAAUCUUUCGUCAUUUUGGUGAGGUAGGAGUUGGAUUAUUUUUGAACAGAGAAUAAGAAUUACACAUUGCAAGAUAAGUUGCUAAAUGUAAAAUGGGUCCACAUUUUUAUGGUCAUACUUCACAUGUAACUACCAAUUUAAUAAUAAAAGGUUCGUUUGGAAGAAUACAUUGAAAAUGAGGUUAUGAGUCAGGAAUCAAUGAAAGACCCUGAUACUUACACUUUGGUUGCUUAGACCUUGUGUAAGUUUCAUUAAAUAGAUAUAUCUAGUCAAAUGAAUGACAGAACACCCUUAUUUGAAAAACAUUUGGAAGAAAAUUCAGAUUUCUUAUAGUAAGUAAGAGAGAAAGUUUAUUCUAAUUUAUUCUCUGAAGAUGAAAAAUCUAUUCUAUCUAAAAUGGCUCAUUGGUUUUCUGAAGAAGAAGUGAAAUUUUUACAAUCUGUGUUACCAAAAGAUGAUAUUGUAUUUUCCCAUAACGAUCUAUUAGCAAAUAACAUUUUAUUGAUUCCACCUGUAAUAAUCAUUUCUUAUCAUCAUUUAGAACUUUGAUAAGGUUGUGUUUAUCGAUUUUGAGUAUUCUUCCUAUAAUUUCAGAGGAUUUGAUAUAGCUAAUUAUUUCAAUGAAUCAUAAUUUAGUUAUCUAAACCCAAAUCCACCUUACUUUUAUAUAGAAGAAGGAAUGAUUGAUGAGGAUAUCUUAAAAGAUUUUGUUUAAGUCUAUAUAGAAAAAUCAGGAUUGGAUUUAGAUUAUCAAAAUUUACUACAUUAAGUAUAUAUUGGAUAGUUAUUCUCACAUUUCUUUUGGGCGUAAAUAAUUUAUUUAAUAAUAAUAGAGCAUGGGGUAUCAUUAUGGCUAAAUCAAAUGAUAUUGUUUUUGAUUAUCUAGCUUUUGUUGAAGUUAGAUAUCAUAAAUAUUACUAACUAAAGAAACAUCUUUUUGGAAAAAAAUGA